ACUACAAUGCCCACAAUACACUGUGUCAAGUGACGGAAUCCUUUUACUACGUGCAGUGUACGUAAAAGUCGCACUGUGUCAUCUGUACCCGGCCCGGGUUUGCGAGAGUGAUUCAGAAUGCAGGACUCACCGUUGUGGGAGCAGAUAGGCACUGGCUUCGUGCGACACUAUUACCAGUUAUUUCAAAAUGACAGAGCAAAACUGGCUGAUCUGUAUAUAGCAGAGUCGUUACUAACCUGGGAAGGGGAAAAAAUCUGCGGCAAGGAUGCAAUUACCAAGAAACUUCUUAAUCUGGGCAUCAAAAAAAUAGGGCAUACUAUUACAGCACAUGACCACCAGCCAACCACAGACAGCUGCAUCCUGAGUAUGGUUGUAGGACAGCUCAAAGCUGACAACGACCAAAUCAUGGGUUUUCAUCAAAUUUUCCUCCUGAAGGAAAUAAAUAGCGCUUGGGUAUGCACCAACGAAAUGUUCAGGCUGGCUCUUCACAACUUUGCCUAAACAGUUCUUCUACUCUGGUGGGCAUGGGCAAGCCAUAGUGGUGGAGGGGAGAGAAGAGUUGACCUUGGAAAGAUGGGAUAAAGCUCAAGCUUCCCUCCUGCUGUCUGCUUUUCGUUUGUUUGACAUGUGAACACCGGAAUCUAAUUGUCAAUCACUGAGCCCAAUCCAUCGCAGACAGUACAAAUGUAACUCUUUUCUUUCUCUGCUGAUGGCGGCCAACCCAUCAAAUACCAUUCAAGACACUCACUCUGCUCCACACCUGUAAUUCUUUUACUCAAUUCUGUUUGACUUCCAUCUAAUUUUAGAUCAUGCUUGGCUCAGUUUAGUUCAGCAUCAUUUCAGGUGUAGAUGCCACACUUUAUGUGUGGUUAUGUUUUUACAAUUCCUUUUCACCACGCCCCUUGCCAGUUUCUCAUUGUCAUGCCACCAAAGACUCAUUUAAGACAAUGUUUGAGUUUGCUGUGUUAUUCUACAUUUCCUCCCUCCAAAUAUCUUGCUUUAUUACACAGAAAUGUUUGGCAAUUUUCAUGGACAAAAGCCAAAAUUCACAAUAAAACCAGACUUGUUUUUCAUAA